AUGACAGGUGACAGUCACAAUUCACUGGAAUCAUCACCACGAGAACGUUUGAUCCGCUCCAUCGCUGCGGAGGUGCAUGAAGAGUUGACCGACUCCUCAGAUGAGGAAGACGAGUUUGUUAGAAGGUACGGAGAUAUUGAUUAUCACUAUAUCGAGAGACCGAAAGAUGCCGUUUGGUUCAUCAGGCCCCAUGCUCUCAAUUUCUUUAAAGAUGGAGUUUUGUUUCGCACCAAAGGUGAGAGAACCUCAGCAAAAACUGAAAUAUUGUUAGACUUGAUGUAUGUGGGCAUAAGUGCCAAUUUAGCGGGAGAGGCAUCAGAAAAUGCCUCGUGGGAGGCACUUGUCAAGUAUAUCUUGAUCUUCAUUCCCUACUGGACAAUUUGGGCAGACAUUAAGGAUUUCACUAAUUACUAUUAUAAUGAGGAUUUAUCACAGAAAACAUACAUCUUAUGGAUUUUGAUUCUACUCACAUUGUCAGUCAACAACCACUCCGGCCUAUUAGAGUCUCAAACUGCAGCUGUCUUCACCAUUGUGCCUUAUAUAUUAUGUCGGUUAUCAUUGGCGUUUUCAAUUUUGUUUUACUCGUUCUACAUCCCCGAGCAUAGGAUCCAGCAGAGAGUAUAUUUUGCAACCUUGAUGGUGACAUGCUGUUUGUGGGUUCCUGUGAUUUUUGUCAAUACAACAGCUAAGGUGGUGAUAGCUGUGGUGGCCAUAUUUCUUGAACAUUUAAGUUUUUGUGUCGUGUUUCUUCCUUGGUCAACGAAGACCAUGAACUUGAGCAUGUCCACAGCAUUGAAUAUUGAGCAUGAAGUCGAGCGUCUUGCAACUUUUGUCACCAUUGCCAUCGGCGAAUUUUUGUUCAAAUUGACCUCGUCACUGUCUCUCGGAAUUGGAUACACCAUCGCUAUCAGAAGAGGAAUUUGUAUGUUGGUUACGGCUUACACUAUUUUCUGGAUAUACUACAAUGGAGGGACAUGCGAUAAAGCUGUCCAUCCUUUGCGUCAUAGUGCCUUUCGCUCAAUUACCUGGAUCUACAUGCAUGUUCCUAUUAUUGGAGGUAUAAUUUUAGCAGCUGAUGCAGCAGGUGAUCUCUUGAAUCGAGAACUGAAAUACUCUACAGAGAUAUUGAGUGGAUCUUUUGGUUCGACAAUUUUUAUUUCAGAGGAUGAACCGAGUUUACGUGCAUUAUCGUUUUUCUUCACUGGGGGUAUCUGUGUCGCCUUGAUCUGCAUCGGCGUGAUUGGACUUUUAGACAAAUGUGAAGAUCAGCCAGGGAUCUUCUUCAUUUCACAAUUUUGGCGAGUUUUCUGGCGAAUCCCUGCCGGAUUGUUAAUCGUGUGUCUCUCAAUCCCAAACAUGGACCUCACGCAUUUGUUUGAUCUCGUUGCACUUGUUUUGGUGGUGUUGUGGGUGUUUGAAGCCAUUGUGUCAGUUCCCAGGAUGAAGGAGACAUGA